ACUGGGAAGAGUAGACAAGUUAUUCUCCCAAUUCCCUUGGCCACUCUUCUUUGUACACAGAUUAAUCACACAAAAAUAGCAACCCAUUCACAGCUUUUGAUUCCUUCUGGUCCAUAGGAAUAUGGGCCAUAGCUUUUGAUUCCUUCUGGGCCAUAGGAGUAUGGAGGUUAAGCUGAGGCGGUUUGCAUUUUUAUGCAAACUAAAUCUUUAACGACCCCAAUGCCACAGGACUGAGAAAAGGAAAAGGGGUGGGGUCCCCAUAUUAUACCCAGCUAUUCAUUUGUUUUUUUGGUUCUUCAUUCAUUCUCCACUUAUCUAACACUUCAUUUUCGUUUCUCCACUUUCACGUUUCUUGUGAAAUGAAAUGCUUCACACCCUCUUCUACUGGGUCAUUUUAUAACUAGUGUGCUUCGUACCCAUAAUUUAGUCCUCUCUUUUAUCUCUUCUCUUGGUUGAUUUUGCAGGCCUGUUUCUUGUCAAGCUAGCUUUACCAAAGAUACUAAGUUGCUAAAGGAACUUUGUUUUCCAUAACAGUUAAAAAUCCAGCACCCAGUGACCAUAACAGUUAGGGAAAGGUUAAUCUCAACUUUUAAUUGGAUUAGAAAUGAGCAAGCUCAUAGAAUUUUAGAUUCAAAGUGGCAGAGAAAACAUUAACUUCCUCAUCUUACACAUAAGAAAACUGACAUCAGUAAAAUUAAGCAUAGCUACAAACUGGUUUUUAGCAGAAAUUAAAGUUCUAAAAGCAAAGUCUCCUAAUUCCUGACUUCGUGUGCUACACUGUCCCUCUGUAUAAGUCAUGGUAAAACCUGUCCUUCCAAAUAAUUUUGCCAUCCUAUUGGCUUGUGAACCAAAUCAAUCUUGAGGCGCUAGGUUUUAGAUCACUGAGUCAAACAGUGCUGGGCACUCUUACCUGUUCCUGUGCCAGUCCAUGUGCUCUUGUGGUUGGGCUUGAGGAACAGCACUGUGCCAGGCUGAGGGAGGCCAGGACUGGAGACAAAGAAGAAUGGUAGCUUUGGAGGGGAGGAGGGGAGAGAGCUGUAUAACUUGGCCUUGGUAGUGCCCCACCUCUGAACAAGACCAUGGUAGAGUUUACUUGUAAAUUCUGGGGAAGUAAGGACAGUACUUUUGAAAUAACUCCUCUUGGUCAAACAGAUCUGAAUUCAAAUUGUAGUCCUACUGUAUACUAGUUUAUGUGAUCUUAGACAGGUUGUUCACACUCUCAGAGGUUAUCUCUUCAUCUCUGGUAAAAUGAGGACAAUACAUACUUUCCUUGCAGGGUAGUGAAAAUCAAAGAAAAUUGAUAUCAACUUCCUAGCCCUGAUCAUGGUAUGUAGUACACACUGAAGACAUGGAGGCUGCCAGGGCUGUGCUGUGACUGAUCUCGGUUAUGGGAGACCAACAAGCAAAAAAAAAAAUCGCUCCAUGUGAAAAUCAGAAGGUUUGACAGUUUAGAGGUUCAUCCAGUAACCAUUAGUAAAGAAUCUAAAAGGUGCGUAAUAGCAUAUUAGGUAUUUGUGAAAAGAAAAAAGAAGUUGUGAGGAAUAUAUGGAUUGUUAAAACUGAAGGAUCACAGAAACCCUCAGCUCAUGGUGACCUCACGCACAACAGAACGAAACACUGCUCAGUCCUGCGUCAUCCCCAUGAUUGGCUGGGGAUCAGACCCAUGUGGUCCAUAGGGUUUUCAUUGGCUGAUUUUUAGAAGUAGAUUGCCUGGCCUUUCUUGCUAGCCUGUCACAGUCUGGAAGCUCUGCUGAAACCUGUUCAGGCGUCAUGCCAACAUGCUAUGCCUCCACUGAAGGAUGGGUGUGGUAGCUGCGCAUGAGGUACGCUGGUCGGAAAUUGAACCUGGAUCUCCUGCACGGAAGGCAAGAAUUCUACCACUCAACCAUCAAUGCCCCACUGCGAGUAGAUUCCCAGAGAGCUAAAAGAGUAAUCUUAUUAGAGCCUGUCUCUUGGCAUGUUACUGCCGUGCUCAGAAUCACUGACUCCUCAUUAUCCACUGAAUAAAAUAAAUAGCAUUCGGGUCUCUUGCGACUGCCCCAACCUUUCUCUCCACACUUAUCUCCUUUUACUUUCUCCAUAUAUUAUACCCUUCAAACUCUUCCCCAUGUACCCAGAAGGUCUGUGGGAUCCUGCUUAUUCGUGAAGGCACCGUUCACAUACCACCAAUUCCGUGAAAGCUUCCUUUGCCCCACCAGGGACUUUGUUUUUGUGUUUCUGUUGUUGCACGUAUCCCAUGUGAUCUUACAUUAGAGCUUAUUGUUCCUGCAUCGUACGGGACUAACUUGUUCAUCUUUCUGUUCUGCGGUGCCUCGUAUAUAACAGGUAUCUGUCUAAUGUUUAUUGAAUUCACAUAGGCAUUUUUGUACCCAUUGAUCAAAUUUCUAGCCUCAUCCUAAAUAUUCUGUAUGAAUUGGAUAGCAAAGAGAUUUAGGAAAUAAAUGGUUUAAUGCUUCUCUGGCAUGACAGAUAUCUAGCAAAGUGUGAAGGCAUGCAGAACUGUAUUCUUCUGGGAAAGUUUUUGUGCUAUAAAGUUACUAGCACACCAGAUGAGAGUAAGAGGAAGUACUUUUUCUUCCUUCAGUGGGAUGUCUAAUGUACCCGCAGGCAAGAGCUUGAGCGGCCUGUGCUUUGGGCGCACACUAACUGGUAACUUGAACCCCAUAAAAGCAAAGCUCUCAGAGGAGGAAGAGCUCUGCCUCUAAGUAAAGGGAAGGGAGGCCUGAGAAGUUUCAGAAGUUCAAGGAUUAGAAAGCUGGACUUGGGGGACGCAGGUCCCAUUUGAGUUGCACAUGAAAGCGCUUAUUGAUUACUAAAGGAUUAAAGGAGCAGAUCAGCCUGAUCAAUAUGACCUUACCGAGAAGUUUGAAGGGGGCUGUUUCGACUUCAUACUGCUCUUUCUGCAAAACCUUUGAAGCAGUAGAAAGCUUCAGCCUCUGCAUAAAGCAGCCAAGCCAGUUUGACCAGCUUGAGGGAAACACCAAAUAAAGCUGCCUACUCCAAUCACAUGAACACUAGUUACUAAUUAUCUUCUGGCCUCUGUGGGGAAGGAUAGAGCAGCUCACUGAUUGGAUCGUGAGGUUGAAAUAACUACACAUCUCUUCUUGCUCCAACCAGAGCAGCAAGAAGAGUGUCUGGAGUGCUUGGGGAGACAUUUUAAGAAGGACAGAUACACCCUCAGGCUAGACUACACCUGUCCACAUUUUUGCCCAACCCAGGCUCAUGGAAAAGAGAAGUAAAACUUAUGUCUUUAAGCACAUUGAAUAUGUGUGAAACCCAGGAGCUUAGAAAAGAAAGGCAAGUGGAGAAGAAAGAACACUGGAGCCCCAGCUGGGGGUAUGAGGACUACAGGAGUCUCCAGAAGAGGAAUUUUGUAGAGCCAGAUGGAUUCUACAAAGAAAAUGACUGGGAUCCCAGCUAUCGGACCAAGGGACAGAACCGGCCCUACAGAAAAAGGGAUUGUGGAUACUGGGAUUUUGAACAGAGUGAGCCAAGCUAUAUGGACUUCGAGGAAGUGAAUGGAGGUGGAAAUGACUGGAUGUGCCACAGAAGUGUGACCAGAGGGUUUGAUGAUUAUGGGAAGUCAGAAAAUGUAGAUUAUGGGAAUCUGAGCUCAAGGACUAAGGACAAUUGGCUUACAGGAAACCCAGAUGUAACUGGAGGAGGUGGAAAAACUAAUGGCUACAUGGACUGUAAGAACCUGAAUUGUAAUCCUGAGGACUCUAAAACAACUGAACAAUGGAGUGGUUACCAGGGUUUGGAUGAUUCUUUGGGGAAUUCUGGUCAACCUCAAAACUGGCAUAUGGACCGCAGGAAUUUUAAUUAUAACACUGAGGAUUGUAAAGAAACUAAUUUUUAUUAUAGAGACCACAAGGAUUUAUAUCAUCUUCCCGAGAAUUAUCGUAAUGAUCAAUCUGUGGACUUCCCAGAUUCAAAUCAUGCCAGUGAAGGUAAGGAAUCUGUCAAAUACUAUGACAGAGCCAGGAAUGAUUAUCAAAAUGAUAACAUCUGUCCCAAAGCAAAGACUCAUACCAUGGAUCAGGGUCAUUUUGAUACAGAAAAUAAAGACAAUAAGACUUUAUUGGCAAGCUGUGAGUAUAAAUUUCAGAAUUAUAGAGGAACAGAUUUUCACCAUCAAAUGAAGAAUUUGAAGUAUAGCGGUGUGGACAGGACAGGAGUGACGGCACUUGGGUACAGAGGGCUGAUCCUGGACGGUCUGCAGUAUCAGUGUCCCCGGGGAAAUGCAGGAGAAUAUGACUUUGGGAUUCCUCUGAGCCCUUCCAUAGAGAAGAACACCAGGCAUUUGGAGGAAGAGAGAAAAUUAAAUGGCUUAGUAGAGCCUUGGAGAAGGAAUAGUUGCCUUCGCCGCACAGCACCCAGCACCCUGAGGCACUCAGAGUUUGUACAAAACAGGAAGAGAACCCAAGAAAUGACCCUCCUCUCCUCCCAGUCUUCAUCAUUGGUGGCCCCUUCUGUGUAUGUGUCCACUGAAAACCCAGAGCAGAGGAUGCUGGAGAAGAGAACCAAGGUGGUAGAAGAACUUCUUCAGACAGAAAAAGACUACAUCCGGGAUCUGGAAAUGUGUAUUGAAUGCAUCAUGGCACCCCUGCAGCAGGCACAGGUCCCAAACAUUGAUUUUGAGGGUCUUUUUGGAAAUAUGCCGAUGGUGAUUACGGUCUCAAAGCAAUUGCUGGCUGCUCUGGAAGUCAGCGACACUGUAGGGCCUGUGUUCCUCGAUCACCGGGAUGAGCUUGAGGGGACGUACAAGGUUUACUGCCAGAAUCACGACGAGGCCAUUUCGCUGCUGGAAAUCUACGAGAAGGAUGAGAAGAUCCAGAAGCACCUUCAGGACUCCUUGGCGGAUCUGAAGAGCCUGUACAAUGAAUGGGGAUGCACCAAUUAUAUUAACCUGGGUUCCUUCCUAAUCAAACCAGUGCAGAGAGUAAUGCGUUACCCACUGCUGCUAAUGGAGUUGCUGAACGCCACCCCAGAAUCCCACCCAGACAAAGUGCCCUUAACCAGUGCAGUCCUUGCAGUUAAGGAAAUCAACGUUAACAUUAAUGAAUAUAAACGUCGAAAGGAUUUGGUCCUCAAGUACCGUAAGGGGGAUGAAGACAGCCUCAUGGAGAAAAUUUCCAAACUGAACAUCCACUCCAUCAUCAAGAAAUCCAACCGAGUUAGCAGCCACCUGAAGCACCUCACUGGCUUUGCUCCUCAGAUAAAAGAUGAAGUAUUUGAAGAAACAGAGAAGAAUUUCCGAAUGCAAGAAAGAUUGAUCAAAUCUUUUAUCCGAGACCUGUCUCUCUACCUCCAGCAUAUCCGGGAAUCGGCAUGUGUGAAAGUGGUGGCCGCCAUGAGCAUGUGGGAUGUGUGCAUGGAGAAGGGAAACAGAGAGCUGGAGCAGUUCGAGAAGGUGCAUCGCCACAUCAGUGAUCAGCUCUUCAUGAGUUUUAAAGAGAGGACAGAGCGGCUGGUUAUCUCUCCCUUAAAUCAGCUACUGAGCAUGUUUACAGGGCCCCACAAGCUGGUGCAGAAACGCUUUGACAAGCUCCUGGACUUCUAUAACUGCACAGAACGAGCAGAGAAGCUAAAGGACAAGAAGACUCUGGAGGAGCUGCAGUCUGCCCGGAACAACUACGAGGCCCUGAACGCCCAGCUGCUGGACGAGCUGCCAAAGUUCCACCAGUACGCCCAGGGCCUCUUCACCAACUGUGUCCACGGCUACGCUGAAGCCCACGGAGACUUCGUGCACCAGGCACUGGAGCAGUUACGGCCUCUGCUUUCAUUACUUAAAGUUGCUGACAGAGAGGGAAACCUUAUUGCCAUCUUCCAUGAAGAGCACAGCAGAGUUCUGCAGCAGCUCCAGGUGUUCACCUUCUUCCCAGAGUCUCUCCCAGCUACCAAGAAGCCAUUCGAGAGGAAAACCAUGGACCGCCAGCCUGUUCGAAAGCCACUCGUGGGCCUGCCAAGUUACAUGUUGCAGUCAGAAGAACUCCGGGCUUCCCUUCUGGCGAGGUAUCCCCCUGAAAAACUCUUCCAAGCAGAGCGAAACUUCAAUGGUGCUCAAGACCUAGAUGUCUCACUUUUGGAAGGUGACCUUGUAGGUGUGAUUAAAAAAAAAGACCCCAUGGGCAGUCAGAACCGCUGGCUGAUUGACAAUGGAGUCACCAAAGGCUUUGUGUAUAGCUCCUUCCUGAAACCCUACAAUCCUCGUCGAAGCCACUCAGACAUGUCUGUUGGCAGCUACUCCUCCACCGAGUCAGAGCACAGCAGCUCCUCUCCCAGAUUCCAGCGGCAGAAUAGCAGCAGCACCUUGACCUUCAACCCCAGCAGCAUGGCUGUGUCCUUUACCUCAGGGUCUUGCCACAAACAGCCACAAGAUGCAUCUCCACUGAAGGAAACUGACCACGGAAAUCUCAAUGCAUCUUUAAACUUGGGUGAUGUAAAGAGUAACCCUUCCAGAUGCCUUGCAGACACAGACUCCACCUCCCAUCCUAGGCCAUGGGACUCCGUAGAUGCAGCCAGGGACACUACCCAACCCACUACCACCCCGAGGAGCUACCGAUGCUCUAGGCAUCCAGAAACGGUUGGUUGCUCUACGCCACGGCGAAAUGGGCAAAGUAAAGACCUUGUAAAAGAAUGUGCAAGGACAGCCCAGCCCAUGGAAGACAAAAAAGAGCCAGAAAACAGUGAGAUGGAAGGCAACCAGGUCUAUUUUGCCGUUUAUACCUUCAAGGCACGAAACCCAAAUGAGCUGAGUGUGUCAGCCAAUCAGAGACUCAAGAUCCUCGACUUUAAAGAUGUUACAGGAAAUACAGAGUGGUGGUUAGCUGAAGUCAAUGGGAAGAAGGGCUAUGUUCCCUCCAAUUAUAUCCGCAAAACUGAAUACACCUGAACCUGCUCUGCCUCCCACCCAACCUCGCCGCCUUCACUUGCAGUCUGUUGAAGGGUUCUGUUGUCCGCUGAGGAGAGGGUUCCCACGUGCUGUGGGACAUAGGUCCUGUCUGCGUUGCUUAACCAUGGCAUGGUGGAGCACCAGAUAAGUCUUGUUCCUUUCAACUGGGUUGUAAACCUUGACGUCCACUAGAAUUUCUAGAAUUUGAAAUGGACCCUUGGGCUUGCGAGUGAUUCAGUGACCAUGAGAAGAGAGGCAAGUCCUGGGGUCAGCCUAUGGAAACCAGAAAUUUCCAGUCAGAAGACCAGUAUCCUAUGUAUGCUGGAAGCUAUGCUAUUGCAUUAGGUGAUGUUGGCAUUGGUUGGGGCGCCAUACUGAGUUUGGGGUGGCCCCGUGCUCCACAGUCAACUGACCAGAAGCCGACUUGGAUGAAAAGAUUUAUGGCUCUAGGGGCUUUGUGGUAGCCUGUGAGCCCUUGUAGGGUGUGCCUCCGCAAUAUGGCAAGGAGUUUGUCGGGAUUGUACCAAACCUAGUGUUUCCAAGUUUCCAGGACACCUCUGGUGCCCAGCGCGCAUUCAUGCACACUCAUACCUACCCCUAAUUUCUAAAAGUGCCUAAAAUACUAACAUCUAUAAGCUUUUUCUUAUUUAUUUCACUGCAUUCCCAGAUUGGUUAUGCAAAACUCAGCAGCAUUCUUUCUCCUUUUAAGUGUUUAGGGUCUUUAUUUUCCUUUGACUCUCCAUCUGAAAGUUUCCCUUCCCUUACUGUGUGCAGGAUUAUCUUUCUGAUAGUAGUUUCUACAUUAUACGGUUUGUGUAUAAUAUGACCUUCUGUGUCCCUCUGACUCAAUAACUGAUAUAUUUUCCUGGAAAAGCAGGAUCAGAGUUCCAGCCAUUCCAUUAAAAGUAUUAGUUCUGCAGUGAGCUGAAAGCAGUCCACCAUGGUAGACUAUUGGAUGCCUUUCUCUUUAUCCAAGCACACCGCUACCAUUUGGUUAUAUCCACAGAUGCAGAAAUAGCACAUGUGUGUGUUAUUUGAAUUGGGAUAAGUGGUCCCAGAAGUAGCUUAUCUUAGACUUGGAAAUAAACAUUUUAUGUUUCACCAUUUUGCUCCCUGUUUUAGAGACGACAGUCUAAACCAAAUGGUCUAAAGUGCCUGAUAGUACCUCCCAUCGGUCUCAGGAAGAUGUCUGCUUAUUCUCACAUGAGAAUCUGCUCCUAAAAGCCCUGUUUUGGCAAGAUUCUUAUUCUUAAGGCCUUCCCCAGACAUGAAGCUUGCCUUCGGACAGGAGACUAUAAAUUUUGUCUUUUAAGAAAGGAAAUUCAGAGCAGCCUUACAGCCUCUGCCCUUCCAGGUGCACAUUCAGCCUUAAAAUCCUGAUGAACCGGGAAGAUACCUACGGGCUCCUCAUCCCUAGUGUCUUUGCUGGUCAUGGGUAGAAGGCAGGAACUCCAGAGUCUCUUGUGAAUAGUGUUUAUAUUUAGAGAUGUUUAUAUUUAAGUAGUUAUUUUGUAAAUAAAAGCAUUUCUAAUGGCCAUAUGUUUUCUUCAUUUACCUCCAUGUUUAGCCUGAAAGUUUUUCUUGGGUUCCUGAGGGCACCUUGACGAUUCAGUGGUGCCCAUGUUUCAGGGGCGUGGGCUGGGCCGAUUGAAGAAAUACAGGUCAAAAUUUGUUUUGUCAAAUAUAAUUUCAACAGAAUUACUGUACACUCAAAGAUGCCCAUGCUGCAGCCUCUUUAUUUCAAGCCAUAUUGUGCUAUAAAAUCCUAGCACAACAGAAGAGCUGGAAUCUAAGAACCCCCAAGAGGGAGGUAUUUUCCUGACUUUAUAGAUGUAGAAACUAAUGCACUAGGAAGUAAUAACUUGCCCAAGGUUACACAGGUAGCAAUGUGGACAAGCUGUGGGUGGGAGAGGGAAAAGUGGCAACAAUCGGCCCGACAUUGUUAAGGAAUAGACAACAUGCAGCAGAGUAGGUGGACUCAGGAAUAAAAGUAUAGGUCAUCUAAUCCAGCUCUUUAACUUUAUAUGGACUAGAAAAAUGGAGUCCAGAGAGAUUGGGAUUUGUCCAACCAAGUUAGACAUCAAGUUUUUGACAAAUCUUGCAUUUAACCCUAGGCCUGAGGGCUCUCGGGCUAAUAGUCUCUCACCGUGAUCUGGGGCCUGAUUGUCUGGCUUCACUUAACAGCUCUGUGACCUUGGCAACUUACCUAGCCUGUGCUUCACUUUCCUCAUCUAAAGUAGGGAUAAUAGUACUCUCCACCUCAUACCAAAAAACCAAACCUGUUGCCGUCAAGUCGAUUUCCAACUCAGCGACCCUAUAGGACAGAGUUGAACUGCCCCAUAGAGUUUUCAAGGAACACCUGGUGGAUUCAAACUGCUGACCUUUUGGGUUAGCAGCCAUAGCACUUAACCACUACACCACCAGUCUCCCUCCAUCUCAGAGUUUUAAAAAUUGAGUGAGUUCAUACGUGGAGAGCUCUAGAACAUUGCCUGACACAUGGUAAACAGUAAAUUGGAGAGCCUUGAAGCCCAAAUCAAGGAAUUUAGAUUUAAUAAGUAAUAAAAAGCCAUGGGUUCUUAAAGGGAUUGCUCGGUGGCUCAGUGGUUAAAGUGCUCGGCUGCUAACUGAAAGGUCAGUGAUUCAAACCCACCAGAUGCUACGUGGGAGAGAUGUGGCUGUCUGCUUCCCUAAAGAUUACAGUCUUAGAAAUGCUAUGGGGCAGUUCUCUGUCCUAUAGGGUCGCUGUGAAUCAGAAUCAACUUGAGGCAGUGGGUUUGGCUUGGUAAUCCGGCAGCAAGAUGAUUUGGAGGGAAAACAGAGCAAAGAUAGGAAAAGUAAUUAUUGGGAGGAGGUGGAGAGGGGUAGACUUUCUAAUUUGGGGCAUAAGGUUGCUUGAGAAUGGGGAAAAAAAGAGACUGAAAUUAAAUGAGUCACCAGCAAAAGUGAGUGAGUUGGGACUGGGAGCCAGUUUUGAACACAAGAUAUCUUUUAGGCUCUUGCUCCGUAAAAUGUGCUUCAACGUCAUCACCAUCACCUGGGAUCUUGCUGGAAAUAGUGAAUCCCGGGCCCUACCCCAGAUUGACUGAGUCAAAGUCUGUAGUUUAACAAGAUCCCAAGGCAAAUUUUGUGCACAUUAAAGUUUGAGAAGUACCUGUCCAGGCAGUAUUUAAAAUGAGACUUUCUAUUGUCAGAAAAGUAGGGGUUAAAAAACCAAGGAAGGAGAGGAUGUCGGAUGUUUCCGGCAUGACAGGAAAUGUUAUUGAGGGAAAUUUCCAAAUCCAGUUGCCUACUCACUUCCUUUCAGAAUUCUACCCCCUUACCGCCUCCACCACCACCCCCCCAACAGAUUGUGCUUUCAUCCAGGAGUCCUAGGAGAACAGGGAGAUGGUAGGAACCUGUAUCCUCAUCUGUGAAAUGUAGAUUCUGGUCUCUGUUUUACUCACGAGUAUUGUGAGAAUCAAAGAAGAUGAUAUCUACAAACUCCUAUGAACUAGAAUCACGUAGUUUUAAUAAGAACUGAAUUUUGUGUUGCACCAUUUUAAUUGUGAAGCUGGAGCCCUCUGUUUAGGAGUUUUAUUUCAGGGUGAAGAACACAGAAGAGCCCUAGAAGAACACAGCUGUGCUCUGAAUUGUGUUUCACUUGCAGAACCUUAGGCUUGAGGACCAAGAAACCUCGAAAUUUAUAUGCUUCAUCCCAUGUCCUCUCUCAGGCCACCACACAGCCCACCUACAGCGUUAUACACUCACUAUUUAUUACACAAUGUAUCGAUGAAGUUCUUACUGUUUUGCUUGUGCUAAAUGUGGCAGAACAGAAGUCCCAAGUGCUGCAGAGUAGGGAUGGUAGGUAAUCUCUAAUCUGUGCCUCUGGUUCAUUUCACCCAGCCUACUAGAAGGUCAGUGUUAUUGAAGCUCAGUAUUAGUAUUUUGCAUGUAUCAAGAAGGGAAUUUCCCACAACAAAUUGCAGAUUUCGUUGUUGGUUUGUGACUUUGGAGAGACCCCGUCCGUUACAGAGUAGAACUGUUCCACAGGGUUUUCUUGUCUGUGAUCUUUGCGGAAGCAGAUGGCCAGGCUUGUUUCUUCCAUGGUGCUGGUGUGCAUGUGUUCGAACCACCAAACCAUUUGUGCCACCCAGGGAUCUUAACAAAUUGCAGAUUUUGUAAGCUAAAUAGGGGUAUCUAUGCCUUAACUACUGGUGGCGUGAUAAUUAAGUACUGGCUGCUAACUGAAGGGUCAGCAGUUCUAACCCAACAAGUCGCUGUUUGAGAGAAAAGACCUGGCAAUCUGCUCCGGUAAAGAUUACAGUCUAGGAAACCCUGUGGGGCGGGUCUGCUCUGUCCUACAGGAUCGCUAUGAGUCAGAAUCAACUUGAUGGCACACAACAACAAGAACAUGCCUUAACUCCUCUCAAGAGAGGACACUCAAGGAGAAAGAAGCAGACUUAAUGAUUUCCCAGGGGUAGGUUUUGAUGAUGUGACAGGAGGGAGAGUGCUCUGAAUAGUGUCGCUGCAGUGUGUUCACUCAAGAAACAUCUGUUGCCUGCAGGCAGGUAAAUGACCACAGCAGACCUGGAAGUCCGGCCGACUCAGUCAAACCAUGUCAUUUGCUCUAGAUGCACAAGUCUAGAGCAGCAAGUAAACGUCCCAAAGACUGCUGCUCCAGCAGAACGCAUUUCGCAGUGGAAGGCAAGAACAGGGCAAUAUGGUGACCAAGGUCUUGAUUGUUAGAUUUGAAGAAAGGGGCUCAAUGUUAAUUCUUUUCAAUUAAAAAAAAAUUUUUUUUUUUAAUUUAACGAGAACGAACUAACUUCAGGUUAUUUUAAUUAUUCUUCUUAAAAUUCUAUUUUUAAUGCACACUUUACCUAAAAGAAAUACUGCAUUACAUACAUUCCUUUCUUUUUUCUGUCUUCCCUAAAUAGUUGCUUUUUUAUACCGUAGUAGUUAAAUUCUACCACAUAACCAGUUACUUGCAUAUCAAGUAAAAAGGAAUUCUAUGAAAAUGGAGUGCCUUUUAUGACCAAUUCUUUUAUGCAUUUUUACGAUCUUCUACUUAUGAUAUUUUCAGAUAGCAUGAAGCCUCUUUAAAACCAGUUCAGUGUCGAGUCUGUGGAAAAGUAAACUCAUAAUUGAAUAUGGUCUAACUACAUCUAAGUCACAGCAGUUUAGAGAUUUAAAUAUCAAUGUUUAUACAAUUGUUAACUUUUAAAUAAGAUCAUAAUCAGUGUGCAUUUGUGGUUCAUGUAUUCUCAUUCUGUUACCCAAAUGGACCAAAGUUUCCAAAGGCCCUGACACAAAAUCAGCCUGCAAAACAUUUCCUUCUGAAUGGUACAUUUAUUCUUCAUGUUUGUGCCAGUGUAUCAAUGGAGAGUUACUUUCUUUUCUUCAACAGAAAGAAAUUGCUUCAUUCUUGGUAUAAAUAUAUCCUAUUGUAUUUUCUUAUAAUUUAUUUUUGAUGUUGUUGUUGAGAAUAUACACAGCAAAACAUAGACCAAUUCAGCAAUUUCUGCAUGUACAAUUCAGUGACAUUGAUUACACUCUUCAAGCUGUGCAGCCAUUCUCACCCUCUUUUCCUGAGUUGUUCCUCCCUUAUUAGCAUAAACUCACUGCCCCCUGAGUUUCCUAUCUAACCUUUUGAGUUGCUAUUGCUAAUCUGAUUCCGUAGAGCUAGAUCUUAAAAGAGUACAAUGCUCAAGGCAGACAUCCUUUCCUAGUUAAGCUAAACUAUGUUUGGUUCUUGUUUUUUUAUUAAAAAUUUUUUGAACAUUCAAAAAAUAUAUUUCAGUGCCUGCUAUAUUCUAGCCACUGGAGAUACAAAAUAUAAGAAAUUGUUCCUGCUUUCAAGAGACUCACAGCUUAGUGAGGGAGACUCAAACAGAAAAGUACUCAAUGAGGCGAUAAGUACAGUAAUAGCAAGUUUGUGUGUGCUGGGGAGGUUGUUUAGUUGUAAGCAACAAUCCCCAACUCUGAUUAACUUAAGCAGAAAGAAAGUUUUCCAAGAAAGCAGGUAGCUCACUGACUCUGUGAGAGGUCCAGUGUCUUAGCUAUCUAGUGCUGCUGUAACAGAAAUACCACAAGUAGAUGACUUUAACAAACAGAAGUUUAUUCCCUCACAGUCCAGUAGGCUAGAAGUCUGAAUUCAGGGUGCCAGCUCCAGGGAAAGGCUUUCUCUGUCAGCUCUGGAGGAAGGUCCUUCUCAUCAAACUUCCUUUGUCGAGGAGCUUCUCAGCACAAGGACCUCGGGUCCAAAGGACGCACUAUUCUCCUGGCUCUUGUAUUUUGGUGGUAUGAGAUCUCCGUGUCUCUCUGCUCACUUCUCUCUUUUAUAUCUCAAAGAUUGGCUUAAGCUUCUUGGCUCAAGUAGACACAUGAGCCAAGGGCAGCUCCUUUCUGGAGGCAAGAUGAGAAGACGGAAGGGGACAGCAGCUAGUUGAACGGACACGGGGAAUAUAGGGUGGAGAGGAGGAGUGUGCUGUCUCAUUAGGGGGAACGCAGCUAGGAGUACAUAACAAGGUGUGUAUAAGUCUGCAUGAGAGACUGAUUUAUUUACUUUAAAGCACACAGAAAAAAAAAGGUUGGCUUAAAACACAACCUAAUCUUGUAGAUUGAAUCCUGCCUCAUUAACAUAACUGCUGCUAAUCCCAUUUUAUUAACAUCACAGGGAUAGCAUUUACAACACAUAGGAAAAUCACAUCAGAUGACAAAAUGGUGGACAAUCACACAAUACUGGGAAUCAUGGCCUAGCCAAGUUGACAGAUAUUUUGGGGGGACACAAUUCAAUCCAUGACAACCAAAAAGCUAGGCUCGAGUCUUUGAAGCCAAGAACAAUGCUUAGUAUCACACUACAGUAUCGCUGGAACCUGCUGCUGGAACCAUGGCCCGUGCUAACUCUGGACAAUGGCUGUGACUGUCGCCACCCUUGCCUGCACAACUUUCCCACCUGUUUGUGUCACCAGCAUCUGAAUCAAAAUCGCGCACUGGUGUGUCUGAUUCAUGGAACCUAAUCACAUAGCUGCAUUCUGGCCUCCCAAUAAGAAUCUUAAAUUGGGGAACACCCCAAACAUGGAAUUGGGGUUCAGAUGCUGAGCUGGCCAAAAGAUUGGAAAUCCACUGCACCACUGAAGCUAGCUUGGGGGCUUGGGAGGAGGAGAAGCCAGGAAAGGCUUUCAGGAGUAGAUUACCUCUUCAAUGACAACAAAAACAACAAAAAAACAUUGCCAUCAAGUUGACCCUGACACAUGGCAACGCAUGUGUUACAGAGUUGAACUGCUCCAUAAGGUUUUCUUUGCUGUAACCUUUACAGAAGUAGAUUGUCAGACCUUUUCUUCCACGGUGCUGCUGGGUGGGUUGGAAUCACCAUCCUUUCAGUUAAGUAGUCCAGCAACACUUUUGCAGCACCCAGGGACCUUGAUGACCUGUUAUCUGAGUGUUAAAACAAUGGGUUAGAGCUAGCCAAGGUAUUACAGCAGAGGGACUAGAUAAGGAAAAGGCUAGGAUCAAAAGGUGAUGUGUGCAUUUUAAUGUUGUUGGAGCUUAAAGUGAGAUAUAGUAGUUGGAAGAAAUGAGAUUGGACCAGAUGUUUGGGAGCUUUAUUAUACUAUACUAAGGAAUUUUAACUGUAUUCUGAGUUGCUAUUGAAUGAAGGAAAGAUUUAAGCAGAAGAGUUACCUGGUCAAUUUUUCAUAUUAGAUCACUCUGGUAGCUAUGGGGUGGAUAUAUUUGAUAAAAAAAACAAUACAGGAAGCAGGAUUCCUAUGCCAUUAGCCUAAGUUAGAUGUGACGAGGAUCUGAACUAUGGCAAAAAUGACAGGGAUGAAGAAAUGAAACUGGGAGAGCUUGGUGGCUGAUUUGAUCUGGAAAGAAAAGGAGAAGUUAAGAGUGAUGCCCAGGUUUUCAUUUUGCAGGACU